AGGGCGGAGGGACGCGUCCCGCCGGACCUUUAAAGUCCCGGCGGCGGCAGGACUACACUUCCCAGCGCACCGCAGGGCCGCCGCUCCCCGCGCAGCGUAGUCCUGUUGUGGCCGGGUACUUGGUGAGGCGAGUCGGGGCUGCGCUCGGCGCUGACAUCACAUAGGCGUUGCCGUCGGCCCUCUCCCUGGCAUGCGCGGCGCGGCCCGCGGAGCUUCUAUGUGCAGCUCCGGCCUGUCUCAGCAACCGGUCCUCCGCUUCGUCCCCGCCUGUUGAAGGAGGAGCUGCCCUGGCUGCCUCGAGUGAGGAAGUUUUCGCUGCUUUUCCGUUGGCUUUCCUUUCUCCACCGCCACACGCGUGACGCGUGGCUUCGUCGGCGCUGGGGCCGCCUUUGUCAGGCUCCAGGCCCUCGGCUAGGCCCGCUCCUCCUCCCGGGAGCCAUGUCCGAGCAGACGGGCUUGGCCGUGCCGCAGACCAUGGACAGAAGCUGCUGGGUUUGUUUUGCUACCGAUGAGGAUGAUCGGACAGCGGAGUGGGUGAGACCUUGCAGGUGCAGAGGCUCCACCAAAUGGGUUCAUCAGACUUGUCUGCAGCGCUGGGUGGAUGAAAAGCAAAGAGGAAACAGUACUGCUAGAGUUGCUUGUCCUCAAUGCAAUGCAGAAUAUUUAAUAGUAUUUCCAAAGCUAGAUCGACUGAUCUCAAAGGCAUGUCCAUUUGCUGCAGCUGGAAUAAUGGUGGGCUCUAUAUACUGGACAGCUGUUACAUAUGGAGCUGUGACAGUGAUGCAGGUUGUGGGUCACAAAGAAGGUCUUGAUGUCAUGGAGAGAGCUGAUCCUUUAUUUCUUUUGAUUGGACUUCCCACUAUUCCAGUCAUGCUGAUACUGGGCAAGAUGAUUCGUUGGGAGGACUAUGUGCUCAGACUGUGGCGCAAAUACUCUAAUAAGCUGCAAAUUUUGAACAGCAUAUUUCCAGGCAUUGGAUGUCCUGUUCCUCGUAUCCCGGCAGAGGCCAACCCUCUGGCAGAUCAUGUUUCUGCUACACGUAUUCUGUGUGGAGCUCUAGUUUUCCCUACCAUUGCCACAAUAGUUGGCAAACUGAUGUUCAGCAGUGUUAACUCAAAUUUACAAAGGACAAUCUUGGGUGGAAUUGCUUUUGUUGCUAUAAAAGGAGCUUUUAAGGUUUACUUCAAACAGCAGCAAUAUUUGCGCCAGGCUCACCGCAAAAUUUUAAAUUAUCCCGAGCAAGAAGGAGCGUAAGGCUGUGAUCUCCGAGUGUCCCACAGUCUCACCUAACAGGUUUCCAUGUUGUAUUGGUUCCAUCGUUACUGCACACUAGUGGAGAAUGUGAUAAGUUGCUGCUCCUGUUUUUUUUCUUUCAAUAUAAUAAAGCACUGUCUUGUGGCAGGGUAAAUCCUUUCAGCAACCACUGAACCUAAGAAUGUGAUUUGGCUUUCAUUAUUUCUGGGCAUUUCUGUUGGGCAACUGGCGUCUGAAUUAUUUUCUUUGAGCCAAUACGCUGAAUGGAAAAAACCCCAUCAACUACAGAAUAAGAGCAUUUUCAAUUGUGUAGUUAAUGUUGGCUAUAUCCAAAUGCCUUUUCUAUCUGUUUUCAUACCCAUGCUGGCAUCCAGUUCAGCACCUCACGCAAUGAAGGGAAUUUUCUUUUUUAGAAAGGAAAUGUGAGUCAUUACUAAGGAGAAGUAGUUGUGGGACAUCAGUCAAUAAAGAUUUCCUUGGUUUCAACUGGUAUCAAACAAGGAGUGGAAAAUGCUCAAAUGGCUGGUCAGAGAAAGCAGAAGAUAGAUCACUCUAGGACUUACUUGUCAGCUUCAGCCACCAAAGUUCUAGGUGUGGAAAUUAGCAUGGCUUCCAGGUGACUGUGUUAUUACUGUUUUACUGUCCUGUUUUAUCUUCUGCAGUACCUAGUGUUAUUUUUCUCAUGGCUGUCACUGUUUUGUAACUGGUGCUGGAUAGCAUUUUUUUUUCCUUCACAGUAAAAUAAUUACAUGGAGGGAAGUAAUUUUCAGCUGCUUAUUUUGAAAUUAAGUAUUAGAGCACUUGUUUAGUUUUCUUGUUCCUUUUGGUUAUGUAAAUAUCCAUACAAGUACGAAGAGCAGUAGAAGUGUGAGGAAACCACAAUGGACACUAAAGCUACACUUAAACUGCCAGAUGAGGGCAUCCUUCUAAACUUCUAGACCUGGGUGCAGAACUCAAGCCUAGUCAGUCUUCUGCCUGUACCAGUCUAGUGGAAGGAUUCCAGUGGAAGGGUCGUCUGGAAGCAGCGUCAUUACCCAUGGGGUACCUUGUGUCAGCAUGGUAUGCCACAGCAGGCUGGAUGCUCUCGGACAACUUGGCUCUGUGAAGGACUAAAGGAUAGAUCUUAAAUGUGUAAUAAUAAGUUUAUUUAUACAGUAAGCUUUACUAUCACAGUAUGUCCAAAGUAGCCAGCUGAGGAGAGCAGAAGAACUUCAGUUACUUGAUGUAUUUAUAAACUUAAUUUCAACAGAAAUGAACUGUUUUGUGAAGUUAAAUUUUGGCAAACAUAAUAUGGUAAUUUAAUAUUCAUACCAGACCUAACCUAGACUUAGUACUUGAAGUUUUUCCUUAGCAACAAUUUCUUUGUUAGUCUCAAAGUUGGCUGGGUUUGUUUUUCCUUGCUCAUAUCAGUACAUCAAAUGCAUGGAGAAAGGUUUAAAAGAAUCUUUUAGUGGAAGUAUUCAUAACUAAAUAUUUCUUUUCAGCAGAGAUGAAAUAAAUGCAGAAUGGAUUUCACAUUUGACUGCAAUAAUGUACGUUAGAAAUUAAAAAUAUAGUACCUUUUGUAUAGUAUGUUUAUCUUAAUUAUUGAGAUGUAAUAUUUUAGAACUGUACAAAAGUGUAUAUAAUAGCCAAUUAGUAUUUGAAAACUAUACAGAUAUUGAAAAUGAUACAUUCAAUCAAUAUAAAAUACUUUUGAAGUUCUUGCUGUAACUGAAGAAUUACUAUAAUCUUCUGAGUUUGCUAAUUAUAUUUGUCUUAGUGGGCUUACUUUUAUAUAAAACUCUAAAUACAGCAACUUCUGAAUGUUGCUGCCUUCUGUAAGAUAGUCUUGAAACAAUAUGAUAUGUAUUUCCUACAGAACUCCUCAUUUCAAGAAAAAGCUUUUCAGUGGUCCUCACUGUAUAUAUUUCCAACCAAUUUAUUACUGUUUUUUAAAGUCUCAUGCAGAAUUGAAACGUGCAAAUUAGGGGGGUCGACACUUGUUCCAUGGGAAAGCUUCUCUGGAUGUUAAAGCUAUUAUAAAAAUGCUGUAUGGAUUAUAAAAAAUAUUUCAGCUGAGUGGCAGAAGGUCAUUACUCUAUUGUAAAUGUUGUUUUUAAGUAUUGCAAAUUAUAGUUAUGUUGAAUUAGGUCGAAUAAAUAUUUUUUACACUC